CCGCUGGUGCGUCUCCGCGGACCGAGAGCCAUGGCGGAGACGGAAGCGCGCUUGCUGCGCCAGUUCCCACUGCUUAUACCCCAGAACCGGGCGAAAACCGUGUAUGAAGGCUUCAUUUCAGCUCAGGGAAGAGAUUUCCAUCUUAAAAUAUUGCUGCCCAAAGAUUUACAACUGAGGAAUGCAAGAUUACUAUGUAGUUGGCAGCUGAAAGCAAUACUUAAUGGAUAUCAUCAUGUAGUGCAACAGAGAAUGCAGCACUCUCCUGAUCUAACGAGCUUUUUAGUGGAGUUGAAGAUGGUUUUGUUAGAUCUAAGGGUCUCCACAGAAUUGGGUUCAUUUGCUCUGGAAGUUGCUUUAAAGAAUAAAAAAGAGCUGUAUGUACUACCUCCUCCUCCCCAGUUCUACUCAAGCCUUAUUGAAGAGAUAGGAACUCUUGGUUGGGAUAAAUGUUCCAUAAUGAUUUUGAACAUGUUGAUGCCAAGCAGCAAUGAGAAGCUUGUGUAUGUGGAUACUUGCUUUAGUACCAUCAAGUUAAAAGCCGAAGAUGCUUCUGGUAGAGAGCAUCUCAUCACUGUCAAGUUGAAGGCGAAGUACCCUGCAGAAUCACCAGAUUGUAUUGUGGAUUUUCCUGUUUCGUUUUCUGUUCCCUGGACACCACAGAGCUCCUUAAUAAGCAUUCAUAGUCAGUUUUUGGCAGCACUGGAAUCACUGAAGGCAUUCUGGGAUGUUAUGGAUGAAAUUGAUGAGAAGACUUGGGUACUUGAGCCGGAAAAACCUACAAGGAGUGCUACAGCACGCAGAAUUGCAUUAGGGAAUAAUGCUUCGAUAAAUAUAGAAGUAGACCCCAGGCAUCCUACUAUGCUUCCUGAGUGCUGUUUUCUUGGAGCUGACCAUGUGGUAAAACCCCUGGGAAUUAGGCUGAGCAGAAACAUACAUUUGUGGGAUCCAGAAAAUAGUCUGUUACAAAAUUUGAAAGAUGUUUUAGAAAUUGAUUUUCCAGCUCCUGCUAUCCUGGAAAAAUCUGAUUUUUCUAUGGAUUGUGGAAUUUGUUAUGCCUAUCAACUUGACGGUGCCAUUCCUGAUCAAGUGUGUGAUAAUUCACAGUGUGGACAGCCUUUCCAUCAAAUAUGUUUAUAUGAGUGGUUGAGAGGACUACUGACUAGUAGACAGAGUUUUAACGUCAUAUUUGGUGAAUGUCCAUAUUGUAGUAAGCCACUUACCUUGAAAAUGUCUGGGAGAAAAGCCUGAAAUAAGAAUGCAACAUUUCUGUGAAGAACUGGAAACUUAAAUUAGCAAAAGGAUUUUAUUCGAUAUCUUUAGAGAAAAUAUAAAGCAAGACAUACUAAUAUCAAAAGAAGAAGAAUGGUGAAGCCAUAAUAAUAUACAUCUGCCUUUAUCUCUUCACUAAGAGUAAACUGGGAAAUUGUAAGCCAAAAUCCUGUAGAACUGUCUAAUUCUGUGACCUCCAUACCAGUUGUAGAAGUGGACGUGUAGCAAGAUGGAGAGCUUGACUUGUUGAACAUAUCUGGACUGGUAAAAUCUUGAUGGGGUUCAUAAAAUGAAUUAGGGAACUGUAUACAGCUGGAUUUUUGUGGAGAACUUUUUACUCCAUUCAGAAAUUCUUGAGACUCACAGUAUUUUUGUCUUCUCCUUGUGCUUUCCUAUGAGAAAAUACAUAUGUGUUUGUUAGGUUUGAGUUAUCCAAGUGUUUACUUUGUGUACUCUAUAAGAAUGCUAAAUAAAAUUUGUUACACAAGA